AUGCACAGCAGAAACAAGCUGCCUAUCAUUGUUGGAGGAACCAACUAUUACAUCGAGUCGCUGCUGUGGAAAGUCCUGCUGGAUACAGGGGUGAGUGCCGGUAGUGUAUCCUGACUUCUCUACAGAGUGAUUUUGUAACUAUAGGCACAGAAGAUAUAUAGUCAAAUCAAUAAAAUCAAUAUUAAAGGCAAUAUAAAUUAAGAAUAUGGUAUAUUUCUGUCUUUUGUCCAGUUUCAGCAAAGAAAAAAAACUGUUAGUCGUCCAAAGUUACGUUCUGUACGCAACAAUAGAGGAAUCGAUGAAGACAGCUUUUGUCAACCUUAAGUGUUCAUGUGUUGUUUCUGACAGCAAGAAAAUGAGGACUCAGGGAAUGGAGGGGAUGGAGCCCCGGACAGGAAGUUGGAGUUGGAGAAACUGAGUGGAGCAGAGUUGCAUAAACGGCUCUCUGAGGUGGACCCCAAAAUGGCAGCAAUGUUACACCCCAAUGACAAACGCAAGAUAGCCAGGUAAUACUGGUGUAUUAGUUUGAAAAAAAUGUGGUAGUCUAUCAUGCUACAAACUUAUCAAUAUUAAUUCUAGAUGUUUUGUUUUUCCCGUUAGCUAGUUUGACACCUUGGAGCAAGAAAAAAACUGCUGUAACAUUGGUGAUAAAUAUGGCUUGGGAAUAGACCAUACUCCCAUGGCAGCCAUCUUUUAUGGUACCACACUCAGGGUGGAUUAAUGCUGCGUUCGAAUUACCUCGGAAGUCAGAAGUCCGAGCUGAAAAUAACAUCACACCUGAGUUACAUCUACGAAAGUUAUUUUAGCGCUUGCCUUAUAUUCAGACGAGGCAAGUGCUAAAAUAACUUUGGUAGAUGUAGCCAUCUUGUUCCCGCCUCCGAUUCUGCUUUUUCCGACUUGGUAGCUGAAACGCUGGUAACUCGUCAUUUGUGACGUCAUUUUCAGCUCGGACUUCUGACCUCCGAGGUAACUUGAACGCAGCAUAAUAUUAGGUGACCCUGUGUAGCAGCUAGGGGCUGUAGUCGACCAAAAGAAUUCUUGGUCGACUAAAACCCUUAGGGGGGCGGGGUGACUCUGACGGCGAUGUUAAGUACCGUGGACGCUCUUCAGUCUUCCUGUUUCCAAAACACCCCCAUUAGCACUUGGUACGUUCCCCCUGAUGAUAUUAACCAUAGACUGUAAAUUGACGCGGAAAAAAAUCGAGUAAGUCAACCAGUCGACGAGGACUUUACAGCCCCAGCACCAAUGACUUCAAGAUGAAUGAUUAUAAGAGGUCGUCAUAGUAACAGGCUGAAAGUCUCCCCUUUACAGGGUCCCUUAUUUAACCAGAACACUGACAUUCAUCUGUACAGUACUUGACGUUGUUUUGUUGGAGAGCUAAUGUGAUACAAAAAUAGAUGCCAACACAAAGAGGAGCACCUCAAUGUCUCUCCUGAUUUCAAGUGACGUCACAGAAAGAUAGCCACUGUGGGAAUAUAGUCUAUUGUUUAGUCUCUCAAUAUACAGUUUGGUAUCAAAGCUAUACUGUCAUCCAGCUCUCUUGUAAGUUCUCCUCUGAUGGUUUGUUCCUGUUUUCAGUUUGUUCUGGCUUUCAUUGUCAAUGACGCCAGUGACAGAGAAACUGUGGUUCAAUAUCAGUGUGUUUUAUUUGUCUGUGUUAUGCAAUGAUGUUUAUCAAAACAAAACAAGAAAAUGAAUAUAUGACGUAACGGUGAUAACCACCACCUGCUGUAUUAUCAUUGACUUUGUCAUCACAUGAAUGUUACAUUAUGGGAAAAUACUGUCUCAGGUGUGUAAUCAUUGUUUCCUGUUUGUGUGUACAUUAUGCAGAGAGUAUCCAGUUUAUUAUGUGAUGUAGAGUUUUCUCUUGCUUUCUCAGAUGUCUGUCUUACUUAGUCUGACAGUCACUGGAUACAGCCUCCACCCAUUACAGAGUAUACAGACCAUAGUGUCCUUUUUUUGCUCACUCAUAUGCACAUCCACUUACACACUCAAGGCUUGGAAAGUAGCAGCGCGCACACUCAAGUAGUUCGUGUUAGCAGGUUGGGUUACCCUGUUCUUCUGGAUGACAGCAAAUGACAGGAAUUACCUUUUCUUUUUAACCUUUGAGCGCAGCGAGACCUGGGCACAGAGUUUAGUUUGGAUUUCAGUCUCUGCAGCGUCUUUCUGUCCAAGUGUUCAGUGUGUAAUGUCGAGGAAAAUAGAGAGUAAUUUCACACAGCAGUUUUGUUUCCAGUGAUUUACAUUUUGCUUCAUCCUGUCUUAUUUUCUUGACAUUUAAAUGACUUUUUUGCUGCUGUAGCAAUCAUUUUUUGAUAAAUGUAUAUAUUAGAGGAAGGCUUUGACACAUUCUUUGUACAAUAUUUAACAGAUGAAUGGAUGGUUGACUCAUCCAAUCUAUUUUACCCACCAAGGCCUGACGCACAAGGACUAAGAUGUAAACUUAGUGUGGUGGAAACCGAAGAAUCUGAGUAUUGUUUGUUUGUGCAUGCACCAGACCAAAUGAGAAAAGUUUCAUUUAACAACAUCUUUGUGUGUUUGUGUGUGUGUGUUUGUAUUUGUGACAUACAGGAGUCUUCAAAUCCAUGAGGAAACAGGCGUCCCACACAGCUGCUGGUUGGAGGAGCAAAGGGAGCAGAAGGGGGGUGAUGGGCUGGGGGGGCCUCUGAGAUACUCGGACCCCUGCAUCUUCUGGUUGCAUGCAGACAUGGACGGUGAGGACAGGGGGUUUUGUCUUUUUUUUUUUUUUUUAAUCGUAACUAUUUUAUCAAAACAACAGAAAUUGUAGCAUUGUUAUGGGCACUUAAGCGCAGCAUGAAAUUAGCGUUUCUGUUUGUGUUAUUUUGCUGCUAAACUUAAUAUUUCCUCCUUUCCGCUCCCCUGCAGCUCUGGACAAGCGGCUGGAUGCUCGUGUUGAUGACAUGUUGUCUGCUGGACUAAUAAAGGAGCUCAGAGACUUCCAUGUGCGCUACAACCAGCAGAAAGUCCAGGACGAAAGGUAGACAGGCAACAAUAAAACCAUAGACUGUAUAUAGAAUGGGCGCUGUCUGCCUCCUCGCUGGGUGAAGCCACCCUGAGAACAGCACCCUCUGGUGACGGGCUGCAGUAUAGGUCAUAAAUCCUGCCUCCUCCAGCAAUCCCUAUGGAGAAAUUUAUUACACAGAAUAUAAAUUUUUCUUCCCCCUGGUCCUCUUUUUUCUGUACAGCUCCAUUUUUAAAAGUUAUUAGGGGGUUCAUGUUUUCUAUGAUUGACACCUGAUACAGCCUAUGGGCGCACAAAGAUUGCGUAGCUCACCCGAGGGAUACGCUGUUUGGGCCGAGCAUCAUCACAGUGACUCUUGGCAACUCUCCCUCCGAAUGAGUACAACGCUACUGCGCAGUGUUGGAUUUCAGGAAGUGGAGAAAAAUAGCGGAAAUACCGAGAGCUUUUCGGCUUCAAAUCCGUAUACUGGCGGGAGGCGGAACCAAGUUGUCCAUAGUAUAUACAGUCUAUGAAUAAAACAUUUCCACAGUUCUAAACCUUUUAAAUGAUGAAACGAUCAUGCGCUAUGAUGUGCAUCAUCAAAAAUCUAAAAGAACUGUACCAUGGUUGAUAGUUUUUAUAUAAAGCACAUUUUGAUAAGCCUUGUUAGCCUCAUUAAAACCUCUAAAGGAGUUGUUUUCAAAGAGAUUCAGUGAUCUUGGUGAGAGCUAAUAACACUCUGCUUUAACAUCUAUCGCACACAAUAUUGAAUUAUCCUCACUUCACACAGCCAAAAAUGCUGCCCACACUUGGCACGCACUUCUGGCAUUUCUUUUAUAACCUAUUUUUGAAACUACAAUAUCAAACAUAACCACUGAGUAGAUGUAGAGUGGGAUGAUAAGCUCAUUAUACGGGCCAGAGACAUAUGUUAUUCUUGGAUUUAGCCCUGUUGUCAUUGCUGUCGAACAUUAUGAGGCACUCUUAGGGUUCAGAGUCUGUGCUACAAGUCAAAGAUCACAUCCUAAUCCUCCUAUCUAAAUUAAUGAUCCAGACAUCCAGUCUGGUGCAGACUCUACUCCUUUAUUUUAUCCAACCAAGGAAAGAGGAAAAAAAAAAAAAGUGAAGUGAACUCGGUCAAACAGCAGUCCAGUUAUUUAUUUCUCCUGCUCUGUCUGACAGGUCACUCUGUCCUGUACUCUGUCAUUACCCAGAGGCCUGGAGACCAAUUUAGAUCCAGCCCACACAACUGUGAGUGAAGUUCAGAUGGGACUGAUAUGUCUUUAGGAUGUCCAGUGAUUAUUAAUAAUUGCAGUGAUAUGCCCUCCCUCAGAGGAUAUAAGCACUACCAGGGGAGCAUGGUGAUUGGUUGCUUAUUAGCUCAGGGACUCAGACGCACUGGAUGGAUGUUCCCUGACCUCAGAACAAAUACUUACUGUGUGGUGUUGUCUGUUAGAGAUGCUAUAAUAAGAUUAGGAUUAACGUUUGACCUUUUAUACCGUUAUCAACUUUUCUCUGACAUUUCUAUAAGAACAACUACAUUACUGUUUCCAUGAGAAACACCACACCACCUUCCCACUCAUCUCACUCCACUUGUUAAUGACGUUUGAUUCUACUCUCUCAAAAUAAGCUUUACAUGUUGCGUCUGCUGGGUAAUGAUAAAUAUAACCCAAAGACCAAAUUUACAUUAAAACCUUACCUUUAUACGACAGUAAUGUUGCAAGUUUUUAAUCGUGUCGGGAAAUAAGAAUGAACGUGUAAACAGGCUCCACUAAUAAUAGCUGAAACAGAUCCAGUCUGUGAUCUCUGCUGUGGGCGUCUCUUGGCUGCAGAUAUUGGUGUUGUAUGUGUGUGUGUUGGGGUGUGGCUGUGAGUGGUUGAUGCAUUGGUGGAGCCAUGCCCAGGAAGCUGCCAAUUCCCUUCUUUCCUCCCUCUCCUUUCUUUCAUCACCCCAUCACCCCAUCCCACCUCAUCUCUGCAGCCUCCACCUCCUUCCAUCUCCCUCUCUCUCUCUCUCCGUCUCCCUCCAUCUCUGCCACUAUUGCCCUCUCAGCAAUCUGAUCACCCAAGCACUUUACCCCCCCUCCUUUUUCUGUCUGUCUGUCUGUCUCUCCUCUUCUCCUUGCGCCUCCAUCCUCCUGCAUGCUGCUGUGGCCAGACAUCAAGGUCAAAUCUCUCCCUCUGCCUCUCCCUCUCUCUCUCUCUCUUCCUCUGCCUUUCUUUUCUCUCCCUCUAUUGACUCUACAUUUCCUGUUCUCAGUCGCUACUCUCAAAUUUCUGUCUCUAGCCAGUCUAGCCAAAUUUAUUUUAGUUAUUUCCUAUUCUUGUUUUGGCGACAAGUGUAAUUCAUGGAUCAAAUAAUAGUUCUUAUCUUUAAUAUUAUGUUUUUUCUACAUUGUGAUAAUAGGAAAAAAAAGUGCUCUACAUAACAGAUACAAUUCACAGUAAGAGAAAACAUAAACCAGAAAGAUUGAAUGUUUGUACAAAAGCAGGUUCAGGAAAGCGAGUUAAAAAGUAGGAACAAAUAAAGAGAAAACCAAUUUCCCUUUUACUUGUUCGCUGUAAAGACCUGAAGUCACAUUCUGACUAAAAAUAGUUCAUUAAAACUCUGUGCUGCCAACAGAAUGACUUUGUACCACCAGUGUUUUUUAAGGUCACACAUUGGAAAUAAUUCAAGGAAAUACUGCACCCUUACUAUAAAUCCUUUGUUUUUAUAUAUCCUUAUUAAUAAUGCUUAAAACUCAUUCAGGAUUUGUUCACAAUCACAGUUAAUUUACUUGCUUUGCUUCAGUUCUUCCCAGAGUUAAACUUGUAUCUCUGCCCAAAGCUGCUGGUCUCGCCUGCCUCCUACAACUCUUCUGUGGUCCAGUUUUUUUUUUACAGUUUGGUACUAAUUGCUGAGGCAAACCUUGAUUGCAUUUCGAAGCAAUCAAGGUUUAUGCUUUAUGCUGAAAAUGCGAUGUUCAGACUCGCAAAAGUCCGAACUGUUCAUCUUUUGGGUGACUUCCUUUGUUUUCCCAUGACGCUUUUCAUUUGAAGGCGAGUUUGUGACGUUUAUUUGGUAAAAGAAUUAAGUUAGACAGCUUUUAUACAAGCCUAAGGCAAACUUUUGAACUUUAUAAAGGAAUGCAGGUGUUAUAUAUGUUGCAAUGGUUUGCCUUAUCGGGAAACUAUCUGGAAUGAAGAGGGAGGAAAAGGGGGAUCACAGAAGAAGAAAGGUUUCUUGUUACCUAAUGUUAUUUGAUAAAUAAUACAACUUGGUUGCAGUUAACUUCAUUCAUGACAACUUUUUUUAGCAGCAAACCAUACACAAAGCAGGUUUAUAAUUCAUUAUGGUACAUAAUUUUAUAGAUCAAAUAGGAGACGUGUCCGGUAUGAUCUCCCCUUGUGCUUUUCUCUGAUUGUAGUGGGUUGCAGUGUAUCAAGCUUCACCAUUUAGAGUUAGGUAAUUACACUUGGUAUUGAUUAUUUGGGUACCUUUCCCUACUUGUGCUGUUCAUCCUCAUCAGCAUUUUAAGAUGACAUGAUUAUAACACAGCUCAGUUUUGAACACAGACUAGAUAAAACAUGGAUGAAGUCUCAGUGUUGUCACUCUGAGACAUUUUGAAGCCCAAAGAUGAGAUGGAGGGGUCACCUUAUAGGAGAGGCUGACUCAACAUAAGUUCAGAGUCGGCAUCUCCCGAACCUUGACUCUUCAGGUAGAGUUAAUCUGCUGGAAAAUUGCAGUGGAAAAAAUCACAUAAAACUUUAAAUUUACUUUGAUCAGACGUGGUUAUAAGUCUAUGUGGAGAAAAUGAAUCUGAGUCCAGUUUCUAGAUUUAAACACCAAGUAAUAGUGAAGAUAUGAGCUCACAGUGUUCCUAUUAAGACUUUUUCUUCAGUAUUCAAGUAAUCCAGCAGCUGUUGUUUUCAUGGUGUGAACAGGACUGACAGGUGCCAAUUCAACAAAGGGGAGUAGCUUAAAACGCAGAGGUAUUUUAAACAGGAUUGUUGAGGAUUUUUUUCAGAGCAGGAUUAAGCUUGACUGACCCCGCUCAGGCAUUGUUGGACCCUAUGAUCCCAUAGUCAGCAUCCAGCACCUUAAAAGAUGCAGAAAAUAACAGCAGUAAUUUUAUAAGGUCCUCUUUCUAAGACUUUUGAUAUUGACAUUUCCCUAUGAUGUUUACUUGACCUAUCAAAAAGUAGCAUUCUUGCCAUAUUGACAACAAGAAAUCAGAAUUGUGUAUUUAUCAUGAUCAGGUACUCAAUUAGACAUCAGUUAAGAUAUUUUAAGGGUUAAAAAAAAAAAAAACUUUCUCUCAGUUACAGAAAAAAAGCUAAUUAAUUCCCGGUUGAGGUAAUUGAGGACAACCUGCAAUCGUGAGGUGCUUUUAAAGGUACAGCACGUGCUAAAACAGACAGAAAAGCUCAGUUCAAGGUGACAUCAUCUGACACUGAGGGAAAUGUCUACAGUCUUCUACCGGACCUCUAACCAGACCUGGUGCCACUCUAUUCAGCACCCAUGGGUCCCUUUUCCAGUACCAUUCAGUAUUGUGAAUGUCACUCUGUCACUUUUUUCCCCUGAGGGCCUCACAUCUGGUCUUUGUUCAGGAAAGUAAGGGGAGAUAGAGGAGAAGCAGAAGGUGGAGUUGAGUCACCGCUGGGUGUCUGGAAAUGUCAAGUCGAAGACAGAAACUUUUUUUUUCUUCUUCACAGAUGGAUAAUGUUUCAUUUCCUCUCUUCUCCUGACCCUCCUUUUACAGCCAGAACUAUCAACACGGGAUUUUUCAGUCGAUUGGUUUUAAGGAGUUUCAUGACUACCUGACUGCUCCUGAAAACAGCAGCCAGCAGGAGAAAGACACGCUACGAGACAAAGGUCAGAGAAAAAAACAGACCAAAGUCAAAGAAAUGAAUUGAGAUUAAGUGGAUAAUGGACUGCUUGACUGAUCAGCCAGAAGAAUCUAUUUUAAGUUUCUCUUCGGUCUACCUCUCACAUAUAUCAUCAUCUUUUUUUCCAGGUAUAGAAGCUUUGAAGAUCGCUACAAGGCGCUACGCCCGCAAACAGAACAAAUGGGUCCGAAAUCGCUUCCUUAAAAGUGAGUGCCUCUCUCCUACCUUGCGCACCACAUGCUUCUCCUUGUGUUUUUGUCUCAUCACUCUCGUUCUUAAGUAACCUGCACUCUCUUUAACAAGAUGAGAUUCACGCGAUAAGCCUCUCAGACCUCUUAUGUGUUCGAGGUUACAGUGUGUUGAGUGAGUAUUUCUGUGUCUGUGUGCCCAUCAGAGUUUAGAUGAUGUUACUUAAAAACAGUCAUUCAAUUCUGUGUUUUAUAUUUUACUUUUUCAUCUUAAUGUAGCUUAUUGGGUUGGCUUAGCUUGUUUUGGUUUAUUAUUCUGCAUUUUUACAUUCAUUACUUGAUUUUUAGACAGGAUAUAUAUCAACAGGUUCAGGCCAACCCAUUCAAAGAUUGUAGUUAAAUUUUGUGCAUAUUUAUACGGUCUAACACUUAUCAGGACAACAAAUAAAUUGUGUUUGUGCUGAUGUAUUUACUUCACAUCCAGGAAAUGACAUUUUCAAAAGGUCAUGUUUUCUUGAAAACUCAACAGUGUGUCCAAACAAACAUAUCAAAUGAUUGUACUACCUAUACAAAUCGUAGAAACGUCCAAACUAAUUCAUUCAUGCCUCCAAAUUGGAUUUGAUUUUACGCAGUGUGUGUGUGCGGGCUGUCUGAUCAUAGAGGGGAUAAUGUUUCAAGAUCGAUCUGCAAUAUACACCUGUGGCUGAAACCUGUCAGUGAUCGUUUUCCCGGCACCAAGUCCCUCGCCGCACCGGUUGCAUAAGAAUGAUCAUUAGUAGUUGCCUCUGGCACUGCAGUUAGAAAAAUGCACCCACCACAGCCAAAAUCAACCUGUGUUUGGCAGGUGAUAAUUUCCCACCCUGGUCGCAACUCUGGGAGUCAGACGUGUUUUUAAAUAUGUAAAAAGCCUCUGUGUAUUUCUGUCUCGAAUGGAAACCUGGUCUCUGAAUCCCACCAGCAGCAUGCCCUGUAGUAACCCAGCCUCCUAAUCCUGUUAGGCCAAAGUGGCUUAGGCCACUCCGGGCCAUAAACCUCAAUGCCCCUCAUUCUGACCGCCUGCCUACCCGCUGCAUGCACCAUAUGGCCUCCAUCACAUGUGUGUUUUUGUGUUCCUUUUACAUAUGCAGGUUUCUGGCAGAAGUUGUUUAUGCUUUUGCACAUAUGCACGUGUGCCUGUCUGAGUGUUUUUCUCAGGACGGAUCAUGUAACCUCCACUGAUGACCUUACAUAGACUCAAGUCAGACUGCAGCUGUCAGGAACAUCAGGCUGGCAGUGCAGGAGGUGGCACAUGAGAACAACUCCCUCUGAGGGGGAUGGGGGGGUACUGAGAAUGGGUUGCGGCCCCUAAUUGCACCAAGAUUUGCACAUAAUUCGCUCAGAUUCAAGGUCUAGGUAAAAGUUUUACAGCCGUGUGCGGUUUGCUCCUGUUUGUGUUUCAUUGUGGCUGAGAUGAGCUGUAAGCAUCUUUACACUUUGCUGUGAAUGCAGAGCUGUGCCAGGAGUUCUUAUCCUGGCUAUAUCUUAAUUCUAGAUUUAACUGUUGGCUUAGCGUUAGGGUUAGGGUUUGUGGCUGGUUUGUUGGCUCCGUAGAAGAGAAGUUUGAACAUUCAUCGUGCUGGUGGGCGUUCAGGUUUAAAUGUGUUCAAGUAUCUAUGGGACAAUGGAAUAUAAUACAGGGAGUUGAGUUGAAGAAAUGGAUCAAUGAGUUUGAAGGCAUUUCAGCUGGGAAGAAAGUAGCGUUAUGAUUUUUUUCUUUGAGUAAGAUUUUGAUGUAUUUGUAUUGUAUGUGGGGACGCUUGUUGGGGAAACAGAAUAAAUAUGCCUUCAAUUUUACAGGGUAAUCCCACAGGAAAGCAGGCUUGAAAUAUUUAAAUUACUAACCUUGUUCUGCCACAUGAAAGUUGCAUUAUGUUGCAGCAAAAAAAAAUCAAUUCAUCCUGGUUUCUCUUUCUUGUAUUUAUUUAUUUAUUUAGUUUUCGAAAGAGUCGUCUAUUAACUGCAGACUGUUGUAGGACUGAUGUCGAUUUAUUCAACUUUCACACUCGCAGAAAGAAUUCCCCUGAUCGUCCGUGUAACUAGGUGAUUGAAAAGAGUUUAUAGGCUUUGCUUCUUUGACUGCUGUUUCUUUUUGAGACUUCAGGUUUAUCAAAUCAGUGCAUUUCAUUGGCUUAUUAAAAUGUGUUGAAUGUUUAUCUUUCCUUUUAGAGGUCUUGAGUAUGUUCAAUUCUAAAUAGCACAUUUCAGGAACACAGUCCCUCAUGUUAGUAUCUACUCCAGCCGUUUUUAGUGCGUGAAGGACUUUUGUAGUAUUCGCCUGCGGACAGUCUUGUCCUUGUAUCCACCUUUUCUCCUAAUGCAGAGUUUUACUCUUUCACCCUACUCAACCUACCUUUUCUGUCUGCAUCGACUCAAUUCACCUCGCUCACUCGCUGUGACUGCUGACCUCUUUUCUGUUUCGUCUGAGCCUCUUUCACACACACGCACAAACACACACACAUAUACACACACAAAUGCCGACAGGCCUCAGCUGAGCAGGCUAAUCUCUAAAAGCAUUACAGAGCUGCCGGGAAUUUGCCCCGACCACACAAACUCUGGCAGCAGGGUCACGGGGGGCUACGUAGACCAGCCCGAGCACAAAGAGGGACUAGUGGGUCAAAGGGAAAGAAAAACUGGAAAUGGCAGAGGGCCUCGGCGAGACAGACACAAUGGCGUUUUGUCGAGAAGCUGGAAAAUAAGCCGAAUGUUUACCGUGAAUGUAAAUGUACAGAAAAGCAUAGAAUCGCACGCCUCAAAGACACACGCUUGACCCAAUUUUACGGUUCGCUUUGUUCAUCAGAGGCUGUCAGCGGGGGAGCAGGUGGGCUAUAUGUCUUAAAUACUCUUCAGCGGGAUCCAUGCUUCUUGAUGGGCUCAACUUUGCUGUGGGGAUUUAAACGGCAGGUCAACCAGUUCAAAUUAAAGCAAGCUUAAUUUGUCCUGCCCUAAACUGCGUCUGUACUGAGGUAUGCGCCCAUGCGAUCCGUGUGUGCGUGCAUGUGUGUGUGGUUAUCAGGAGCGUUUAAUUAGCAGAUUUAAUUACCCUUAGAGAAAGUGGUAAUUUGAGGUGAGAUUUUAAUGAGUGGUACUUUUUGUGCGGCCUCUCAGUUUGUUGAUAAAGACACAGUCACACACACACAGCAUGUAACCAGGAUACACAGGUGACGUUUGACAAUGGCCCCAUGAGUGUUAAGUAACAGGGAUGUAGGUAGCUUUAAGUCCCUCAGGUGAGUGAGUGAGUGAGUGAGUGAGUGAGUGAGUGAGUGAGUGAGUGAGUGAGUGAGUGAGUGAGUGAGUGAGUGAGUGAGUGAGUGAGUGAGUGAGUGAGUGAGUGAGUGAGUGAGUGAGACGGAGUGAAAGACAGGGAGACGGAGUGAAAGACAGGGAGACGCAGUGAAAGACAGGGAGACAGGAGCGACACAUGGGUGUAUGGAGAGUGGAGGAAAUCUGAUCCAGGUGGGGCGACAGGUGUGGGGCGAGUUCACACCCUUGUCUGUUAGCUAGCGCUAAGGUUCAUGUACACACAGGCACACACACAUAAGUAUAAGGUCCUUGUGUGGAGUUGAGCCAGGCUUGUUGUCGCUGCUAAGACCUCUGUCACCUUUGCUAGGUGAAGGGGGACGAGAGAUCUCUUGAGGAGAGGAGAUAAACACAGAGGGUUAAAAAGAGAAGCAGUACAUGUCAGUCUAAAUCUGUGGGAUAAAUUAAAUAGCUUGAUUGCUGUGAAGAAAGACCACAGCAGGUCAUACAAGCAGACAGAGACACGUUUUUCUCUUAAAACUUCUAUUAUAUGUGAACCUAACAGUCUUCAAAAUUUUCUCAAACAGAUUUAAACAAAACGAUUUGAGGUCACUGAGAACCAAACACAAAAUCAUACUUUAACCUGUUUGAACUCUCAGAGGAUUAAUCACCGCAUUUAGAUCACUGCAACUUAAAUCAGCAAUGAUAGGUUUUGUUUUUUUGGGGGUUUUUUUUUUCAUGUGGGAUUUGAACGAAACAAUGAUAUGCAAAGCAGAGUUUAUUAUGUGGAAGUAAAAAAUAAUGAGUUGCAUCACCUCUUUAUUUUCCCAAAAUCUUUUAAAUUUCAUAAUGUGUGCAACAGCCACCACAAUAAUAUAAAAAAAUAAUAACACCCCCCAAAAAAACAACAACAAAAAGUACAGUCCGCAUCUUCUUAUCAUUCCCCUCAAUAUUAUAUAAACAAUUCAGACAAAUGUCAACAGCAGAGUAAUAAAGAAGUUUUUAUUAAAGUUUUUAUUAAAUGAAGUAUCAAAAAUCUGGCAUAUCAUUUAGCGAAUAAAGGUGAUACUAAAAAGUCAAAUUCCAAAAAUUUUUCAACAAAUAACUAUUAAAAGAUAAAGCAUAAAUAUUUCCUCUUCAGUUUUACAUCCAAGACAGUUAAGUGAGCUGACUUUAAAAAAUGUUAAGUGUCUUAAAUAGAGUUAAGGAAUGUUUUUUUUUUUAACUAAACAGAAUGGUAUUAACAUUGAAUUGUUUUUUAGACUAGUUCAAAAGCUUAUUGACCACAAUAAAUGAUCAAUUUGACUCUCAGAACACAGACUGAUGAGAUUCUCUGUCAAAAGACACUAUUUUGGCAGUAGAGGACAAUAUAAGAAUCACUUCAUCCACAGGGGGUGCCAAACAUGAUUCAGACCAGAAAUUCCUUACAGGAGCUUUAAAUCAAGUACCAGGUAUUUUUUUUACCAGGUAUUUCCAUUUGAAGUUAUUCUGUCUUUUUUUUGCCAAAUGUACAGUAAAGUUACCUGAAUUAAACUACAUGACCUCUCACUGACAUGCUCAACAUAAACAAUACAAAGAGGUAAAGGAGACAAAAAGCGGAAGAGGAACUACAGUAAAGGGUUAUGUCUUUUUUUUGCCAGAUUACAGUAAAGUUACCUGAAUUAAACUACGUCACGUCAUGGACAUGUAUAGGAGACAAAAAGCGGAAGAGGAACUAUAGUAAAGAGGAAGGAGUCUGUUGAGGGAGUAGAUGCAGCUGUCCCAGCAUGGACGACAGCCAAAGAAGCACAGCUGGGCCGGGGGGAAUGCCUCGCUUAGACUUGUAGUGGAGUUUUUAUAGCAGAGCACACACAGGCGCACUUCCUCACUCAGCAAACACGGUGAUAAUGCAGCAUAUGACUGCUGGCCUGCUUGUUGCAACAGGUGGACUACUGUUGCAAAACACACUCACACACACACGCACACAUUAACACAACACUGGCAGGCAGCUGCUGGGCGACAAGAGAUGUUCUUUCUUGUUGGCAAAGCGAUCUCCCCUUGUGUGCUUGAAAGGCAACGCUCACAGUUGUGGUGUGUGCGUGUGUGUUUGUGUGUUUCUACUGACCACCCUGCUCUUUGUCCCCGCAGCGUGUCUUAUCAACUCUCAUUCACUACAGAGUGGAUUAGCAGAGUUAAAUUUCACUGGAGCCUAAACAACUUUGCUUGAGGGGUUGUUUCCGUCCAGCAUCUGGCAACCCACUUCACACUAUCUCCCUAUUAUUUACCCCACUCCACUCGGCCAACAGGGAGGUUUGGGACUUAGGUAAAGGAGGCAGUGGUGUUGAUUCAGGAACAAAGUAGGGAGAUAACAUCGGCAGGAGGGUGGCUGGUGAAGUAUUUAUAAGAGUGCUGAAGACAGAGGGCUCCAACUGCGCAUAUGGCAUGGGUAUGCCAGGUGACACUUGCACCACCUGCCUGGUAUUGUGCCACACACAAAAAAGUCCCCUCUGACACACACGCACACUUACACAGUCAACCCAGUGAAACCCGAGGCUUUGAUUAACACUGAAUGCUAUUUUCAAAAAACACAUCCUAACAAAUCCAUUGACCCACUAUCUGACUACGUAAACAAACAAGCCCAGCGGGGGGGGUUUUGGAGCCGGGAUGAAAAAGAAACAGCACACACUCAGAGGCCAAGAGCUGCAGGUGCAGAAGUGGUCAGAUGCUGCCAUAAAGGAGCUUUGUGUUUACUUUGCUUUUGUGCCUUUUGUCAGGUUUUUGAAUUAAUCAAACAGGGGCUGUUAUAGCGUGCCUGCACUGCAAGAUGAGUUCAUCACAUGGUUAAGUAAGUCACUGCUGGUACAAUGACAUGCAAAUUAAGUCCAUAAGGAGUUAAAAAGUGGCAUGGGACAAGAAUCGGGCCACGUUUAAGUUUAUGGCUCUCAAGCGAGUCUGCGUAGAGACUCUCAUUGUUUCCGUACACACACUCGCUCAUUCCUCUGACAGAGCCAAAACAGUUUGUUGUCGAGAUAAUCAGAUGAUACAGUUACCACUGUGUGUUCCUCUAUAAUAACAGAGUCCCAGACAGUUCCCAUUAGAGUUGGUAAUCCAAGUCUAUAGUGCGUCUGCUGCAGUCAGCUCCACAGCUCAGUCUAAGUGUGCAGAGGAUUAAGACAUAAUUGAGUUGACUGGCUGUGCCUUACAGGUUAAUUAGGUCCAUUUACAUAAGUGUGUGCUUGCAUCACAAACUGAUAUUUGAUUAAAAAUAUAUCUGGAUAGAUCCAGAUUUGUGGCCAUGCAGACAGUCUACCAGCCUUACAACAAAAUUUUGCCUUACCCAGAGGAUACAGCCUCUGACUGUUUGAUACCUUUCUUUUUCUCCAGUUGUAUCAUCGGGCCAAAUAUUUGAUAUCUGUGAAAGUGGUUGAUGCUAAAUGGUUAUUAUUUUUUACAGACUGAACUAAUAUUGCAAAACUGGCACUUGUGAUUCCUCCUAAACCUCCUAAUAUUUUUGUUGUGAUUCCAACACGUCUGUCCUGCUCAAAAACCACUAAACACUACCUCCUGUACCUUUGGAUAUAUGAUCAGCCUCACCUUGUGGUCAGACAGCUCAUUCCACUUUUUGAUCUCAGUCGUCAAAGUUCAUUGCUCACUGUAUUAGAUUAACUUUUGGAUUGUAAACUGCCGUUAACAGCUCAGGAUGAAAUUAGCUUUUGUUGUUUUUUUUUUACCUUAAAGGUGGGGUAGGUAGGAUCUGAGGAAGUGCCAGUUUUUGGGAGAAAUCUUGAAUGUAAACUCUACCCCCCCAACCAGUUUUCCCCUCAGCUCCUCCUCUCCCCUCCCUCUCUGCUCCAGCAAGUUCCGCCCACAAACAGACACUCGUUCCAAUUAAAUUCUGAUAUAAUGCAGAUAAAUACUUCAGAUAAUUACAAAUGGGGCCCAGCCAACGUAAAAGUUAAAAGCAUUGGUGCUACUGUAGAUGCCAACAGACUACCAGCAAACACAAUGUUUGCAGGACUUUUAAAACUAGGAUAAAGUGAAAUACUCUAGAACCCGAGGUAAACGGUUAAGCGGCGCUACAACAUGCAGCAGGUCCCGUUUGACAAGAAACACUUCUGUUACAGAUACUUGGCUUACUUUGUUAAAGCGGUUUACCUGUCCAGCAGAAAGGUUACAGGGUCUGGAAGAUCCCGAAGCGUUCACUGAUAUUGACUCCGCUUUGUAGCUUUUGUCUGGUCUACCUCCUUUUUAAGUGCCUGUUAUACCGCCAGAGUCUCCGGUAUUUACUUUGUGUUCUUGCUUGUGUCGGCAGUCGUGGCCAAAGGAGGAUUCAGACAAUUUUCUGAACUUUCUGGUUGGUUUCUACUGUCACAACCAAUCAGGUUAGUGGAGGCGGAGAAUGGCUUUAUUUACUGUCAGAAAGAGCGGGCCGCUCAAAAAUUUUAAAAUGUUGACUACACAGACAUAACAGAACACAGCGAUAUCAUUAUAUUCCCAAAUGUCAUCCACAACUAAUAGCUAUUGACUGAUAUUAAAAGCUUUUUUGUAUAUACAUAAAAAAAGAUGCUUCUUUAAUGGAUUUCUGCCUACUCCACCUUUAACUUCCUCAAGGUUUCCUUCUUCUUUAAAUCAAAUCUGCUCAUUUUCCUGAUGAAAACUAUCAAAGACAAAGAAGAAUCAGCAUCUGAUACCUCAUAUAACCCCACUUGCACAGUUUGACAGCUUGCAUAGUAAAACCUUUAAACCAGAGUAAAGCAGCUAAAAUCAUGUUAGAUCAUGUUUUUUUCCCCCUUAAAAAUAUGUUGCCUCUUUGCACUUUUAUAAUGUGCCAUAAUUUCCGCUGAUUAAAUCUUCUGUUGUUACUCUUCAGCUGUUUUAGGAGCUGCAUUCAUUAAGAUGAACAUUUUCACUUUGCCAUUUUUCAAGUCAUAUAAGAGCGUCACACACCUGCAUUUCCUGUGCUUCUGUGCAUCUCGAAUCAGUGCAGCGCAGUGGUCCUUUAUACAGACAAGCAGACAGAUACAUAGACAGACAUGCAGAUACACAGACAGACAAACAGGGCAGGGACUGGUGCUGCUGUUUAGUGCUGAGGCCUGGCCUGGAGACUGCUGACUGAUGCAAAAUAGAAACAUGGGGGUGGAACAGUUACAGGGAGGGAGAGAAAGAGAGAGAACGAGCGAGAGAUAGAGUGAGUGAAAGCUGAAGCGAGACUGAUGGCAAGAGAGAGACGAUGCAGAAGAGAGAAAAGAGUGGGAGGAAGGAGGGAUAGAGGAAGAGACAUUAUCGAGCCAGUGUGAGUCAGCAGGUUGACGGAGCUCCAGGGUGCGGCUCCAGUACAUCACUACUACUGUAAAUUUCCCAGUUUCAUCAUGAAGCCUGCAAUUCUGUGAUAAAUAUCAAUUACUGUAGAGCACUUUUUUUUUUCUUUUUUAGAUGAAAAGUAAUUAGCAUCAUAGUGCGAUAUUGAAGUGAUCACACCCUAAAAGGAGCUGGCAAUUUCUAUCAGUGUCAAUCUCUCUGAUUUGAUGGAUGAUGAGCUCUUGGAGAGUAAAUUUAUCAGGCUAUGAGAUAAUAUCAGCUCAAGUGCAUUAUAAAGAAGUGAAAUGUAGGGAGCUUUACUGCAAGUCCAAUAAAAUUAAGAUGGAAACACUAAAUCAAAAUAUGGGCUCUCCAAGGCUUUUAUUACAUUUAUUAGCAUCCUUUGUGUGCCUGUAAAGUAUUAAAUGAGCACUAACUGUGUGUGCUUGACCUGUGUGUGUAUGUGUGUGUGUGUAGGACCAGGAGACAACGUGCCAGUGGUGUAUGGCCUGGAUGUGACGGACGUGUCGCGGUGGGAGGAGACGGUGCUGAACCCUGCACUGCAGAUACUGGAUAGCCUUAGGAAGGUGGGGCCUCGGUGAUCUGAACCAGCUGCUUUCAGUCACCAUUUCCAUCUGCUGUUGAGAUGAGAUGUCAUUUACUUCUACAUUAACCACCUUUUGUUCCUGUGGUCUUAUUUCAUUUCAUUUUGGUCUUUCAAUAUUUUCUCUUCUCUCCAUUUUCCGUCUCUUGCCUCUUAUUCCACCUCUUCUUCCCUUUUUUCCUACAUCUUGGAUUAAUCCUCCCCGUGUUUGUGUGUUGACUUACAAUUUUCCAUUCUCUAUUCUUACUGUAAUCUCUCUUUUUUAUAAAUUUCUCUCCUUCACUACUCUCUUUUCUUUCUAUUUCCACUUUUUUUUAUUCAUAUCCUCUCAUUCUGCCACACUCAAAACCUUCUUCUAUUUAGUGGCGUCAUUCCUUCCUGGUGUCCUUAUCUCACCUGCCUUUGGCCUCGGUUCAUUUUGUGUUUGUAUCCUGUUCUAUUGAAACACUCAAAGGUUGUUUUUUUCUUUCUCACACUCCACUGAGUCCUUUCUGGUUGAUUUUUAACUCCUUGUAUAUAUAUAUAUAUUUUUUUUGAAUGAAUUUCUGUCUUUUGUGUGAAUUGUGUGGGUGGGGAAGUGUGUGUCAGUCACACUCUGCUGAUUGGCAGGUUAUGGCAGUAUUGUACCAAACAAAUCAGUGCAAGGGCAGCGAUGAAGAAAAGAGAAAGCAAAGAAUUUGACAAAAGCAGGCUUUGAAAUACUGCUUAUAUCCUCAUUUCAAAUCUGUUGAAUCUUUGGUUGUUGCACCUAGUGGUGUGCGAAUGGGGAUUAAUCCAUAACAAAUUGGCUCUACACGUUGCAGCCUUUGCCAUCAGUAUCAAUCAAUCACUCUUUUAUAACGCCCCAAUUCACAACAAGUGUUAUCUCAAAGACACUUUAAAAAAAGCUGGUCUAGAUCAUCCCCUAUGUACAAAGACCCAGUGUAAAGAUGGGAUCAGACGAUAGACGGGUUUCUUGGCAACGUCUUGGCAACAGGUAUGCACAUGCAGCCAGGGGGCAGAAAGCAGGAUAUUUCCUAUUUGUUUACUUACGGAGUCAACGGCGAAAGAAAAUGACAAGGAGUUGUUUUGCUGUAAACAAACAAUCGGCAAACUUUACAACCCUGCUCCUGAUACUAGAAACAUCUAAAACAACGUCACAACCUGGUAAACUGAGUGAAAUUCACUGACUAUUUCAGCAAGUGUUUUUCUGAUUUUGAUGCAAUGAAAGACAAAGCGAUUUUUCAAUGAAAUGACAUUUCAUUGCAAUUGUGUCAGGGAGAACUUGCAAACAAUACGGCAUCUUCAUUGGUAUCAGUUCACUCCGAAACAGGAUUUUGCCCCCUGGUUGCGCGCGCACCUAGUAUUGUUUGUACACAAGAAACCUGUCUAUAACAUGACUGUAUGGAGUUUAAUUAGUGAGGGAUGAGAUGCUGCAGGGAAAGCAACAGGUAAACAAAACAAAGCACAAUGAUUGUCCAAAGUUUGAGCUAUGUUGUCUGAUAUUUGUGUACAUCACUCUUUCUGUGAGAGAGGAUUAGGGCCACAUGAAGAAAAAAAAAAAAUACUGGAAGGAGAUUAAAGUCAAAAUUUUGAGAUUAAAGUCGAAAUUUCAAAAUUUAAAAAUCAAAAUAAUGUUCAUAAAAUCAAAAUUUCUUGAUGAAAAAUUGAAAUUUUUAUAAUAAAGUUGAAUUUUCCAGAUUUUGAAAUGUCAUGAAUCAUGUCGAAAUUUCUAGAUUAAAAUUAUAAAAAUUUUGAGAUUAAAGUUGAAAUUUCGAGAUUAAAGUCGACAUGAAUAAAAUCAAAAUUUCGGCUUUAAUCUUGAAGUAGAAAUUUAAAAAAUGUAAUAAUUGUUUCUCUUCAUGGGGCCCUAAUCCUCUUUCUGACAUUUUCAGUCCUUCUCCUUGAAACCUUUUUUUAAGGUCUCUGUCUUCCCUUAACUUUUUCUUCUUCCUCCCUUGCCACUAAAAAGUCACCCAAACUCUUAUCAUAUUUCUGUACAAACCACGUUACACCUAAAAACUAAAUAAUUCAUCUGACAUUUACACUAAUUAUAAUCUAAGCAAAGACGAAAACAUGGUUUGAAAGAUUUUAAGUGCCAUUUUUUUAGAGUUUAAAAGAGAAAUGUUAAAGUUAAAAGCGAAUAGCUAAAUAAGAGCCAUCACGUAAAUGCCCUGUUUCUUUGUUGUCUUGAUAAUCAAUGGCUUGUCGAAUGUUGUUUGUCGUUUCCGUCUUGUUGCAUGAUCCCUCUUGUUGGUCUUACUUACCUAACCCUGAAAGUAGAAAAUAUCUUUCUCAAUCAAUCAGGGGGAGGAGCCAGCUGUCGCACCAAUCAGAGUCCAGGACACAGUGCAGAGGAACAAACGCAGCCACCAUUCAUGUGAUCUGUGUGAUAAAGUGAUCAUCGGAGAUCUGGAGUGGGCAGGUAGGGAGCCUGCAGGCUGUGUCACUGUCAAAACAUCAGUCUACAAAUGUCUUUUAAAUGAAACCGUGUGAUGUUCUCUAUUUAUUUCCUUUAUGUAGCUCACCUCAAGUCUAAAAAGCAUCAUUAUCAUGUGAGGAAGAAGAGGAAGUCUGACCCACCAUCUGACCAGUCCCAUGUUACCCCUGCACCUUCUGACUGUACUGCAGAAACCUCAAAGAGCCCCUCGAAGGACUCUUGA